UUAUUUGUGAUGCAGGGAAUCGACGAGUUGUACGAUGGUCUCGUCGUAGUGGUACAACACAAGGUGAAAUACUCAUCGACAAGAUCGGUUGUUAUGGAUUCGCUAUGGAUGAGCAGAGAUAUCUCUACGUCGCUGGCAACGGACUAAGUGAAAUAAGACGAUAUAAAUUAGGUGAUAAGCAUGGCACUCUCGUAGCUGGUGGUAAUGGCGUUGGUGCUAGACUCAAUCAACUCAACUGGCCGGCAUAUAUCUUUGUCGAUCGACAACAGAAUCUAUACGUAUCAGAAUUCUACAAUCAUCGUGUAAUGAAAUGGAAUAAAGGUGCAAAAGAAGGUAUUGUGGUCGCUGGAGGACACGGCGUAAGGAGUGCUUUGACACAAUUGUCUUAUCCUGAUGGAAUCUUCGUUGACACGUUGGGUACAGUCUAUAUAGGAGACAGGUACAAUCAUCGUGUAAUGAGUUGGACUAAAGGAGCGACACAAGGCACUGUAGUUGUGGGUGGUAAUGGUCCAGGAGCGGGAGCAAAUCAGUUCUACUUCCCCAUUGGUUUGUCUUUCGAUCGACAUGGUAAUCUCUAUGUCGUCGAUUGUAAUAAUCAUCGUGUUGAACAAUUUUCUAUCGAAAAAGACUGCUAA